GGCGGUAUCACGUUUUGUUGAUGUCAUUUUAAUGUCAGCUGAUCACCGCAUUGCACCGUGUGACUAAUGUAAACUAAUGUAAACAUUGACUUUUUAUUCAUGUGCUGUGUAUGUGUUGGCCCACAGCUCAGACCUACUAAGGACAUUUAAUGUUGCUGUCAUCAGCAUGGCUUCAACCUCCAGCUUUGCUCCUCCGAAACUGGCUGACUUCAUCCUUACAGAGCGACUGGGCAGUGGCACCUACGCUACAGUGUAUAAAGCCUACAGGAAGGGGGACAGUCGAGAGGUGGUGGCAGUGAAGGUGGUUGCGAAGAAAAGUCUAAACAAGGCAUCUACAGAAAAUCUUCUCACAGAGAUUGAAAUCCUCAAGACCAUGCGUCACCCUCAUAUAGUCCAGCUAAAAGACUUUCAGUGGGAUGCUGAAAAUAUUUAUCUGAUCCUGGAGUGGUGUUCUGGUGGAGAUCUCUCCCGCUUCAUUCGCAGUCGCAGGAUUUUACCUGAGAGGGUGUCCCAGCGCUUCUUGCAACAGAUAGCCUGUGCCCUCCUGUUUCUUCAUGAGCGAAACAUCUCACACUUGGACCUGAAACCCCAGAAUAUUCUGCUCAGUGGCUCUGUCCUCAAACUAGCAGAUUUCGGUUUUGCCCAGUACAUGUCACCAUGGGAUGAGCAGAGUGUCUUGAGAGGCUCUCCUCUUUACAUGGCUCCUGAAAUGGUGUGCCGGCGCCAGUAUGACUCGAGGGUAGAUCUCUGGUCGGUAGGAGUUAUUCUUUAUGAGGCACUAUUUGGGCGAGCACCAUUUGCAUCAAGGUCAUACACUGAAUUGGAGGAGAAGAUCCGGAGUAACCAACCUAUUGAGCUCCCUCCUGGGGCCAGGGUAUCCAAGGACUGCAGAGACCUUCUGUUGCGGCUGCUAGAGAGAAAUCCAGAUGCCCGGAUCACCUUUGCAGAGUUCUUCACACACCCUUUUGUGGAUUUGGAGCACAUGCCGAGUGCAGAGAGCUUAGUGAAAGCGAAAGAGCUAGUCCUACAGGCCGUUCAGAAGGACCAGGAAGGGGAGAGGUCCGCCGCUCUGUCUCUUUACUGCAGUGCCCUUGAGCACUUUGUCCCCGCUAUUCACUACGAAACAGACCGACAACGUAAAGAUGCCCUCAGGCAGAAGGUCAGCCAGUAUGUGUCCAGAGCUGAGGAACUGAAAGCCCUGGUGGCCUCGGACAACAGACUGAGCUUUGAGGAGUCCCGGACCUCCAGGGAUAUCCUUCGAGAAAUGUCUAGAGACCAACCACGGCUGCUGGCUGCUCUGCAGAUGGCCUCCACUGCCAUUGCUAAGGAGGAGAGUGGAAUGGAUGAUCAUGAGGUUCUGGAUUUGUACCAACAGUGUCUGGGAGAACUUCUGUUGGCGCUAGCGGCCGAGCCCCAGGGCCGCAGGAGAGAGCUGCUCCACAGUGAGAUUAAAAGCCUCAUGAGCAGAGCUGAGUACAUCAAAAAGAAUAUCAAGAUGCAGGAGACUCAGAGGGACGUGUCUCUGGAUCGAGAAUCUCUUACAGACUCUGUGAGAAGCUCUUGCUGUUUGCAGUAAGCUUGACGGCCACCGUGGGAACUCUGCUGGGACGCCGCACAGAGCAACAGGCCGGACACAAAGCUGGACACAGAGCUUUCACCUGACCAGGUUUAUGUCGGGGGCUAAAUCAAACCUGCAUCACACCUCACUCUAACCAACUCAGAAGGCUGUCUGGGUGGGAUAUUACAGCUGCCAGCCAAAUGUGGUCAAUGUUCUGGUUAUUGCUGGAAAGUUGAUGAUUUGGCACGUCGAGAACUUGUGUUUAUUCUUUUUGAGGGGAAAAAUGUUUGCCAGGUAAAAAACUGAAAGUAGUGCUUGAGUUUUGGAUUUGCACACUGGUGAAUGUGAAAGUUAGUCCCCUGCCCUUUACACUGUGUUGUUGCACUGCUUCGCCUCAAAUCCCUCCUCCUCACACACCAUUGAUAUGUUAAUAUUGGACAGCUUGUAUGACAAUACCACACUAUCAUGGUAAACAAGUUAAACCGGGACUGAGACUUAUUGUAGCGCAAAACACUCAACAGUACACCUAGAAAUGUGAAAAUAAUCAAAUAGGAUCUGUGACGUUGGGAAGCAUCGCAUUAGUUUUGAACUGUAGUAUUAAGCAUAUUAUAUCAAGGCCUCUGCAAACAUGCACAUACUCCCUCACCCCCUCCUUCCCCACUGCCUUUACUGUGGGUCAACCGCAGGCUCACCAUGCUCUCUCCGCUGAUGGAGCCCUCUCCACCACUAUGAGGGGAAAACUGGAGAGGUGCGGCCUCUGACUUAUUUACACUAGACUUGCAUUUUCUUAGGUUUGGCAGUGGCUGAGUAUUUGAGGGAUACAGUGAGUUGUGGCACUCAAGUGAAGCCUUCAUAACUAGGCCUCUGUGAAACGGUAAAAAGCUUAACAGUCAGUGGCAGGCCAAUAAUCCUCCCUGUUGUAGGUCUACACGGACUGUUUUGAUUUCAGACAGGUAAAGCACUUCAGUAUUCCAAAAGGGAGCUUUACUUUGUGAAUAUAAUUUUGCUGGAGAAAAGACAUGAAACAGGCCUUUUCACACUGCUGUGUUGUUUUAUUUUUUAUUUGAAUGUUUAUACAGCUGUGAUUUUUAUAUGUUAUGUAUUUAUUAAAUAAGAAAAUCAGUGUAAAAUAAAAUGACGAUCUCUAAAGUCUCUGGAGUCUGGACGUUCUGUCAACAGCACAGGGCAAACGUUGUCUUUCAGAACCUAUGGAAAAAUUUAUGUGCUGUCGUGGGAGCAACGCUGCUGGUCCAUCGCCAUCGUCAUCAUCUGGAAGGCCGCUCUGCAGAAACAGCUGGCUCAUGUCCACAAUGGGAGGAGAGAGGAAGGCAGGCAUGGGGAAACUUUACGUGGUGUAGUGGAAGAAAGAGAACGACUGCUGGUUUAAAUCCCUGGACUACUGAUGUGGAUCUGCAAACAGGUAACAUUGGGUCUAUUCCUCAAACGUGUGCAACUACAAAUGAAUUUGACACAUUUUUCAUCCAGCCACAAAACAAAAGCCUUCAAAUUACACUUUCUGAGGACAACAACCUUAUUAUGAAUUUCAACCAAACGCAAUCUCUCUCUUCUUAAUUAGUUUGAGCUUCAUCUGUAUUCGUACAUUUCCUUUACUAACAGUCCUGCAUGUUAAACACACUCUACAUGUAGACUCUCAUACUCUUUUAACAAACACAAAAUAAUUAACAUGCCCAUGUUUGUCAAGUCAGAGCAGAUUGCUGCUCAUGUUGUUAUGACACUGCCAUGUUCACUGAUUAAUGUAUUCUCCACUGUAGACUUGAUAAGGCAAAACAUAAUCUGGUGUCUGACAUUCGCUAAUAUCCAUAAGAUUUAUUUUCUUUGUUUGAGGAGCUCAUAAAAGCUUAUUGCAACAAUUUAUGUCCGAAUCACAUGGUUUGUUUAAAACCUCAAAUCGUUUAUGUAACAAAACCAAGCGGGUAAAACCUCUUAUCUUGAGUAGUGCUGUGGACAAACUCCAGGUAUGAUAUGUUGACCUAUUUGUAC